AGAAGUAACAAGGGAUUUCCGAGAAUUGAUUGGCGAGUAAAGGCCCCUGUUCGAGGUGUGAUAACGUUCUUCUUCCGGCUUUUAUAACUUAGAGAGCAUGCAGGCGGCACUGAGGCUGACAUGCAUGGUGGUGGCGGCGGGCGCGCUGUCGGCAGUGGCGCUGCCACCGCAGCUGCUGAGUGAGCGCCGUACCUACGUAGACCUCUGCAUCAACGGGCUGGGCGCUGACUCGUGCGUCUCUCUCUUCGAGGCUGCCUUGCCAUCCAACCUGACGCACAGUGCCACGGACAAGCAGAGUGGCGUCAAGCCGCGCAACACUGUGUGUCCCACGCUCUGCCAAAACGGGUUGGGCUACCCGUUGUGUCGCUGCAGGCAGCUGUUCCCGCGGCCCGCCGCCAACUGGACAGCCAUCUGUGACGCCUUCUGUUCACUGCAGAAUGUCACGGUUUAUGGCUGCAGCGAAUGUAAGAAGCAAGACACCGUGCUGAGAACAAUGACGAAGUCAAUGGCGACGUUUGAGGCGGCGGAGACGGAGGAGGACUGGGACGCGCUGUGCCACGUGCUCUGCAAGCAGGGGGACGGCGGCCUCGCCUGCAGCUGCGACAUCAUUCCCUAAAUCUCAACUCUUUAGUUAUUCGCUACGUAUUGUUUAGAGGCAUAAGUCUCAUCAGUUUGCUCCACAAGAAAACGGAUCAAUGAGUGGACAAAAUAUGGUGAAUACCAAUAGAUGUAAUAUUUGAUCCUCUAACAAUAAUGUAAUCUCACUGACAUGAGCCAAGUUCU